AUGGCACACAAAAACGGCACCGGAACGGUCCCCGUGGAGCCUUGCACGGAGGUUGCUUUUUACUGCGUCUUCAACGCCCACAUGGACGAGUCUCGACCCAUAACAGCCAGUUCCGUUUGGUUCCAGGUUCUAAAUACCCGCGGAAUCCGCGGUCAGCUCCAUCCUCAGCCACACCACAUCCACGCUGACGGCCUUGACUCCUCCGCUGCCUAUUAG